CCGAGGCGAGCGGGGGGUGGCAGCGAGUCUCGGGCGGGCGCCGCGGCACACGCACCAGUGUAAAAGAUGACUUCUAGGAAGAAAGUGUUACUGAAAGUCAUCAUCCUUGGAGACUCUGGGGUGGGAAAGACAUCACUCAUGAACCAGUAUGUGAACAAGAAAUUCAGUAACCAGUACAAGGCUACGAUAGGUGCAGACUUCCUGACAAAAGAGGUCAUGGUGGAUGACAGGCUAGUGACAAUGCAGAUAUGGGAUACAGCAGGACAAGAACGAUUUCAGUCUCUGGGAGUUGCCUUCUACAGGGGAGCAGACUGCUGUGUGCUGGUGUUUGAUGUCACAGCCCCCAACACAUUCAAAACCUUAGACAGCUGGAGGGACGAAUUCCUCAUUCAGGCCAGUCCAAGGGAUCCUGAGAACUUUCCUUUUGUUGUGCUGGGAAACAAGAUUGACCUAGAAAACAGACAAGUCACCACAAAACGGGCGCAAGCCUGGUGCUACAGUAAAAACAACAUCCCCUACUUUGAAACCAGUGCCAAGGAGGCCAUUAAUGUGGAACAAGCUUUCCAGACGAUUGCACGAAAUGCACUUAAACAGGAAACCGAAGUGGAGCUUUACAACGAAUUCCCCGAACCCAUCAAACUAGACAAGAAUGACCGAGUGAAGGCUUCUGCGGAGAGCUGCAGCUGCUGAGGGGAGAGGGAGGGGUUGAGCACAGUCCUUCACAAACGAAUAUCACACUUAGGCCUUCAAACACACAGCCCCUCUUCUGUGUUUAAAACGAAAUUAAAAAAAAUUUCCAUCUCCAGCUGCCAAAACCCACCCAUUUCCCAUGAGCGUCUCUGAGUCCUGCACUUCAGAGCUCAUGUCCCCACACCAUCCACAUCACACUUCAUGGUAACAGACCUUUCUCGUAGUUUUAAAUGGAAACUCUUAUGUAUGUUUGGAACUGAAUCUAAUUCCAGGUGUCCAAUGGAGAGAAACUGUUUACAGGUAAUCUGUGUAACAAGUUACAUACAUUUUUAACUGUCUCGUGUUUUCCCCUGUGAAGGCUGCAACUGGAAAGGCUGAUUACCCAUAGUUCAUUGCAAGCUCAGCACUCAGUCCAACUAGGUUGAGUUUUGUAUGUAUCUCUGUUAAUGCUUGUUACUUUUAACUAAUCAGAUCUUUUUACAGUAUCCAUGUAUUAUGUAAUGCUUCUUUAGGAAAAAUCUUAUAGUACAUGUUAAUAUAUGCAACCAAUUAAAAAUGUAUAAAUUAGUGUAAAAUUCCUGAAUUACAUGUUCAAGUACUGAAACACAGAUUGUGUAGAAUGUGAGGAGGACACUUGUGAACUGCAGCGUGCUAGCAACACAAAGUCCAGAUAGAGGCAGUAUUCUGUACAGUAGAGAUGAACUAUGUAAGCCGCCUUGUUUUGAGGCCAGAAAGGCUUCAUCUUCUGGAAAAUCUGUCUGGCUUCCUUGUAUCUAAAUUCUCAGAUUUGCAUAACAGCAUUGAUAUGCACACUGGAUUAUUGGAUUUAAAAUUAAAUACAGCUAUGAAAUGAC